CAUGGGGAGAAUCAGCACUGGCCCGUCUGAUAGAGAUCGGUAAUUUUUUUAAAAUAAAAAAUAAAAAAAACCCGAGAGGCCUUAGAAAACCAAAACAAAAACGGAAAAACCCAUCCCUGGCACAAACAUUAAAUCAAAUCAAUGGACUGAAUGAAGACUGCCUACAACGCCUAUCGAUGCCUGGCCAAGGAUUUGGAUGCUUACGCCAUGAACCCAGAGAUGACAAUGGACAGCAUUGGCAAUCUUCAUGGUGGACUAAGCCAUGAACAGGAUUUGAUGAACAGUCAUCACAGCCCCCAUCAUCACAAUCGGAACACGGGGGCUUCCUUGCGGAUACACCAGGACCUGGCUGCGGCAUCGUCGCGGACAGCGAUGGUGUCCAGCAUGGCAACGAUUCUGGACGGAGCCGGGGAGUACCGACCAGAAUUGUCUCUACCGCUCCAUCACGCCAUGAGCAUGCCGUGCGACACGUCCCCUCCCGGGAUGGGGAUGAGCGGCACAUACACCACGCUAACUCCACUGCAACCCUUACCGCCCAUUUCCACAGUUUCGGACAAAUUCCACCAUCCGCACCACCACCAUCACCACCACCACCAGCGUCUCUCUGGGAACGUAAGCGGGAGUUUUACGCUGAUGCGGGACGACCGGGGUUUACCAGCAAUGAACAACCUCUACAGCCCCUACCAUAAGGACAUGACCGGGAUGGGUCAGAGUUUAUCCCCUUUGGCCAGCAGUCCCCUCAGUAACGGCUUGGGCUCCAUACACAACACGCAACAAAGCCUCCAUAACUAUGGCACACACGGGCACGACAAGAUGCUUGGCUCCAACUUUGAUGCCCACACUGCCAUGCUGGCCAGGGGGGAUCAACAUCUCUCUCGAGGCCUCGGUGGCCCAACGGCAGGAAUGAUGCCACAUUUGAACGGGAUGCACCACACGGGUCAUCCGGGCCACCCUCAAUCCCACGGGCCUGUGUUGGCUUCUAACCGAGACAGACCGCCCUCCUCCUCUGGAACACCAGGUAACAACUCGGGGCAGCUGGAAGAAAUAAACACCAAAGAAGUGGCACAAAGGAUCACGGCCGAACUGAAGCGAUACAGCAUCCCGCAGGCAAUCUUCGCGCAGAGGGUGCUGUGUCGCUCACAAGGCACUCUUUCCGACCUCUUAAGAAAUCCCAAACCUUGGAGUAAACUUAAAUCGGGAAGGGAAACGUUUCGUAGAAUGUGGAAAUGGCUGCAGGAACCCGAGUUUCAGAGGAUGUCGGCCCUAAGGCUUGCAGCAUGCAAAAGAAAAGAGCAAGAGCCAAGCAAGGACAGGAGCAAUACACCAAAGAAAUCCCGCCUGGUUUUUACUGACCUCCAGCGGCGCACGCUGAUGGCCAUCUUCAAGGAGAACAAGAGGCCCUCCAAGGAGAUGCAGCUGACCAUCUCGCAGCAGCUGGGGCUGGAGCUCAGCACCGUCAGCAACUUCUUCAUGAACGCCCGCCGCCGCAGCCUGGACAAAUGGAUGGAUGAGGGCAGCCCCGGGGGCCACUCCUCCGCCUCCAGCACUUGUACCAAAGCGUGA